AUGGAAAGCUGGCGAAGCAAAUUACAGGCUAGACCAAUCAGCUGGGGAGCCCUCCCAUCAACAUACCCCUCUGCCGCCCGCGUAGCUGCCUCUGCGAGUCAGUCACAAAGUGAACAACGUGCACCGUCCUCAACCCCAGCCGACCUUUCGCUGAAGCGCUCGGUAGAUUGCGCAGUCUCAGAUAAAUGUGCAUUCGAUGACUUAGUCCCUAAUGUUCAACUCGAUCCAACGGCCACAAGGACGACCAGGGAUUGGACCUUAGAUAAGCUGUUGGAAAUGUCUACAAAUUUUCGAAGAAUCCGUCGAAUCCACGCAAGGUGUGCAGACUUGAAAGAAAUUACGGAGAAACACGAGAGCGAGGGCGUUCCGUUGAUAAUUGAAGGCUAUCAAACUCAUCCGCACUGGCCCAGUGAUGUGUUUUCUCCAGAAGGGUUUAUUGAAAACGGAAAUCCAGUCGUUAACGUUCGCAAUGUGCAUAAUCGCGCGGAUGGAUACCUCAGAAAGGCAGAGCUGAUACAAAAACUUCGCAAUACUCCUCGAUUUACGGUGGCUGAUGGUAACCACGAACGUUUUUAUGGAAAGGACAUUGAAUGCCCAGAUGUUUGGGCUGCACAGCUAGGCCAGCAUGAUUUUAUACCGGAUCAUCUUCUUUUCAAAAACAAGGAUGACAUGCUGGGAAAUUUGCCCGACAGCGGCCAGGUUCAGACUUUAAUGUGCUAUCUAGGCGUCGGGGAUACCUUCACACCCUUCCACAAGGACCCCUGCGGAUCUAUCGGCCAAAACAUAAUGGUUUACACGGAAAGUGGUGGAUCGUCUUUCUGGUUUAUGACGGAAGGAUCCCAUGCGCUUGAACUCGCCCAGUACUUCCAGGAGUUAGGCUAUGUCCUUGACUGGGAGACCUACGUUGCUACGAUUGAAGAACUCAAGAACGCCCCUUUCCCUGUGUACAUAGCAGAGCAGACAUUAGGUGACAUGAUCAUUGUGCCUCCUAAAGUUGGCCAUCAAGUUGUCAACUAUGGAGGGAUCUCCAUUAAAGUUGCUUGGUCACGGAUGUCAAUCUCAAGCUUAAAGAUCUCACUCUACGAAGAGCUACCUUUGUAUCGACGCGUCUGCCGCGCUGAAACAUACAAAGUGAAAGCGAUCAUCCAUUAUGCUCUGCGCCAGUAUUCAGUGCUUCUUCAAGAAUGUACUCGGUUUAUCAAGUGGGAAGGACGAAAUCAAUUGACUCAAACAUCGAGUCGCUCACCGAGGCAACGGGAACAAGUUACGCUUGCCAAAAUUCUCCAAGACUUGCUGCUACUUUAUCAAGACAUUAUCAUUGAGGAGCAAUGUCCAGGUAAUUCUGACUUACCCUACGUCACCGAAGGUACAUCGCCAUACAAAUACGACAUUUUAUGCGACUAUUGUGGUGGAGACAUCUUCCAGAGCUUCUUUGAAUGUUUCGCAUGCGUCGAUGUGCUUUCAACUUCUUCCGCAACCUCCGAACAAGGGUCUGGUAUUUGCAUAUGUCCUUCGUGCUACAUUGAAGGACGCACUUGCUUCUGUGGUGGAAUGUCCCCGGUCCAGUGCCGCCCGUUUGAUGAAUUACUUCGAAGUUACAACAACGCCGCCGAUGUUCUCGCGGAAUCUGGACUAGAAAGGAGCUCAACUCCACUCAGAUUAUUCCCUCAUCAAAGGUACUAG